AUGUCCAAGUCCAAGUCCAAGUCCGCCGCCAAGGCACCCAAGGCCGAGGUCUUGACCAAGGUCAAAAGCGGUGCUGUGACCAAGCCCGCGCAAAGUCUGAAGACCAAGAGCAAGGAAAUAGCCAAGAAGGUUGCUGCGAAGGAGGAGAAGAAGCCCAAGAAGGCACCUGUCAAGGAACCGUCUCCAGAGCCCAGCUCUGAGGAAGACGACGAUGAUUCCGCCUCGUCUGAUGAGGAAAGCGACAGUGAGGAAGUCGACACCAAAAAGGGCAAGGCUGCCAAAUCGGCUGCCAAGGAUGACUCCACCGACGAGUCCGAGUCGGAUGAAUCUGCCUCUGACUCUGACUCUGACGACGAUGAAGAGUCCGCCGACGAAGUCAUGAAAGACACCAAAGCCGCAUCCGCGGAUGAAGACGACGACAGCUCUGAAGAUUCCGACAGCGAUGAAGAGGAAGCUGCUCCCAAGGCCAAUGGUGCCAAACCCGCCGUCGACGCUGACAGUGAUGAUGCCAGCGAGAGCGACGAGAGCGCCGAGAGCAACGACGACAGCGAAGACAGUGAAGAUUCAGAUGAAGAGGCCGAGGCCAAGCCGAAGACUACCAAACGCAAGGCCGAAGAAGAAGAGGCCCCUGCCGCCAAGAAGAGCAAGGUCGCCGAAUUGGACACGUCCAAGGGUGCCAACUUGUUUGUGGGCAACCUCUCAUGGAACGUCGAUGAGAACUGGCUGAGAUCCGAGUUUGAGGAGUUUGGUGAGCUCAGCGGUGUCCGCUUGAUGACCGAUCGCGAGACCGGAAGAUCGAAAGGCUUUGGCUAUAUCGAAUUCGUCAACGCUGCUGAUGCCGCCAAAGCUCACGCCGCCAAACAAGGCGCCGAGCUCGACAAUCGACCAUUGAACGUCGACUUCGCCAACGCCCGCACUGGUGACAAGCCAGACAACCGCCGCAAGUCCUACGGAGAUAAACUGGGCGAGCCCACCGAGACCUUGUUCCUCGGCAACUUGUCGUUCGACUGCACUCAGGAUGACAUCUCGGAAGCGUUCGCUCCUCAUGGAACCGUGUUGGGCGUCCGUCUGCCUACCGAUCGCGAGACAGGCAACCCCAAGGGCUUCGGAUAUGUCACCUUUGGCUCUACUGAAGAAGCCACGGCUGCUCUCGAAGCUAUGCAGGGUGGUUACAUCCAAAACCGCCCGGUUCGUUUGGACUACAGCCAGCCCCGACCCCAGAAUGGCGAUUCUCCCGGACGCGGAGGAUUCGGUGGGCGCGGUGGCGGCCGUGGCGGCUUCGGCGGUCGUGGAGGUGGAGGAUUCGGUGGGCGUGGCGGCGGGCGUGGACGUGGAGGCGGAGGAUUCGGCGGCGGUCGUGGCGGCCGUGGUGCCUCGACCAACCGCGGCGGCUUCGGCGACUUCUCUGGAAGGAAGACCACAUUCUAG